GUGGUGUGUGACUUGUAUAAGAGAAGAUAGAACCGCAAGGUAGGGUGGUAUCUCACAAGCUUCUUCUCACUCCAGUCAAGACCUUAAAGCGGUUGCAAUUGUCUUUCUUGUGUACGAUACCCGGAAGCCUUCAUCGUACUACCCAAUCCUCUCACCAGACUCCACUCUCCAUCCCCUCCAAACCCACUUCAACGGCCACCGCCAACAUGCAGAUCUCGCUCGUCUCCAUCGUUGCUGCUCUUGCCGCUACUGCCUGUGCCACCUAUGUCCCAUACAACUCCACAACUAUUGCACCUUACCCAACUGGUACCGGCAUCCCAACGGGCACUGCAGCUCCCACUGGUCCCGCUCCAACGGCGAGCUUCACACAGACCCCCUUCCCAGGUGCAGCAUCCGCGAAUGUCGCAGGUUCAGCCUUGGCACUCGUCAUUGCUGGAGGUGUUGCUUUGAUCAUCUGAUCAGCUUCAUACUCUUCACUUCUCACACGACAUAUUUGGAGAUACGACGGGCGCAAACAGAGUCGGGAUGAUGUUAAUAAUGGAUGGAUUACAGGGUUCUUAGCAUGGACGACAUUUUAUGGCGCAUGGGAAUUUGGCAUUGGGUUUGGACCUAGGAAAUGGAAUGCAUCGUAGACUUAGACCUUUGUAAUAGCGGAGGGACUGAUUAAUGAUGAUGGAUAGCUUACGGUCGAGACGAAUAAAUGAAUAGUAUGGCAUUAAGACGAUGGCUACGUUGAUAGACCUACCACAAGAUAUCAAAAACAAUGAAUACUUUGAAAUAC